AUGAGGCAACUAGGAGACAACUCCAGUGGGCUUGAUGUGAACGGCACCUCCUGUGAGGUCCAUGACAGCAUCCUUUCUCCUGCCUUACCAAUUCUCUACUCAAUAAUCUGCUUCUUCGGCCUGGUCAGCAACAUCAUGACCAUAUUUGUGUUCUUCCUGAGGAAACACUCUGACUCGUCCAUGGCUGUGUACAUGAACCACCUGGCCAUGGCUGACUUCCUGCUGGUGAUGUGUCUUCCCCUGCGGGUCUACUACCACAACAGCCCGGGACCCUUUUACCUCUGCAAGGUACUGGGCGUCUUCUUCUACGUCAACAUGUAUGCCAGCAUCCUGUUCCUCAGCCUGAUCAGUUUGGAUCGCUACCUGAAGAUCAUCAAGCCUGUGUGGGUCCUGAGAAUCCACAAGGUGCGGUGGAGCCACCGGGCAUCCUUAUCCGUGUGGGCAGGUCUGGUCCUGGCCAUGUCUCUUUUUUCCCUAAAGAAAGACAAGGAGCGCCCCUGUGAUAGGAUCUGCUUCCACUUCCACCACAAAGGACUCCUGGGGGGCACGGCCAACCUCACCGUGGUGGCCUUCUUUUAUGCUGUCUUCCUCCUCUUUAUCUGCUUCUACGCUCGGAUAACCACCAAGCUGAGGAACAUGUCCUUAGGCAACCGGGACCCCAAGGCCCAGCGGAGGAAGAGCAGGGUGAUCCUGAAGACCUUUGUGGUGCCGGUAAUCUUCACGCUCUGCUUCUUGCCAUACCAUCUGGUGAGAGUGCCCUACGUGCUGGCCCAGAUGGAUGUGAUCCAGGCCCUGGGCAGUAAGCAGAUUCUCCACAUCCUCAACGAGCUCACUCUGCUCCUGUCUGCCCUCAACAGCUGUCUGGACCCCAUCAUCUACUACUUCAUGUCCUGUACCUACAGAAGGACCAUCCUCUUUGCCCUGCAGGGGCAGUUCAAGACCAUGUACGCUGUUAACCGCAGACGCAUCAGUAUUAACCGAUCUAUUACAGAGAUAUAG